CCCAUGCUGAGCUAGUUUCUUUUCCUGCAGGAUUAUUCCCAUGAGCUGGUCUGCAUCACUAAAACAGAAAGGAUAGUUGUGCCAAUUCGGGCCAUUGCUGCCCGAGCUAUCCUGACCAUCCCAGACCAGCUGAACUUCUCGGAGUGUCCGGUCAAGAGCAGCACCAAGAAGACUCUGCUGCUUCGCAACACUGGCAACCUGGAGGCUCAUUACUACAUCAGCACCCAGAGUCCUUUCUCCGUGGUUCCGGCCAUGGGAGCUCUGGGUGCUGGUGACAGCGUGCAGGUGACAGUGGGAUUUCACCCGCUGACCACUGGUGCCCAUUUUGGGUCCAUGGUGGUGUGCUACAACACAGGUGAAGAAAGGAUCCACACAAACCUUCAGGGAGAAGCUGUAGAUGUCAGCAUCGGGUUGAGGACGUAUUCCGUGGAGCUGAAGAAGACUUUCAUCACCACGUCAAGCCACACAGCAAUGUUCAUCGAGAACAGGAGUAACAUCAGAGCCCAGUUCCAGUGGAAGACUUUUCCUAGUGAGGAAGAUGAGAAUGAAGAGAAGAGGAGGCAGUGUUACUUGCUGCGAUCACCGAGAGAGGCCUGCGUGGACAACACGACGGGAGAGAGAAGAAGAGCGAAGAAGAAGGGUUCCUGUGAAGAUCGCCGCGCCAUCCUGAAGAGCAGCGUCCGGGAGAAGAUGAUGAUGGUGAAAGAAGACCCCAUGCUAUUCUCCAAUGAUGCUUUUUCCCUUGAGCCACUGGAGGGAGAGAUCGGGCCAAAUAGUUCAGUCCAAAUCAAGGUGACCUUUAAACCCCUAAAGGCCCGAGAGUAUCGGAGUGUGGCUUACUGCAACAUCUCAGGCCGUGGGAGCAGGCUGCCCCUGCACCUCCGAGGGGAAGGCCAAGGACCCGUGGUUGAAUUCAGCCGUCAAAUGCUGAAACUUGGGAACAUUUUUGUCAACACCUCCCACGUCUAUGAGGUGAAACUGAUGAACCGAGGAGCUAUAGAUGCUCCCUUCACCUACAUCCCUUCAGCCACAACCGUGGGCCGCUGCUUCAAGUUUGCCCCCGAGGAGGGCGUCAUUGCAGCAGGUGGGAUCCAGACGAUUCACAUCUCCUUCAAUGCCACCGUCCUGGGGAGCUUUGAGGAACAAUUCCAGUUCCGUGUGGCUGCAUCUCCUACGCCUGUGAUCCUGACAGUCUGGUAAGGACUCUGGGAGCUUGC